AAGCAGAAAGAUAAAAAGCAAGCAAAAGAGAGAGGAUGAAAGACAGGACAAGAGAAAACAAAGUUGAGCGCUUGGUGAGAAAGAGAGAAAGACACAGAGCGAGAUAAGGACGGGCAAAGAGACGGAAAGAAAGACAGAGAGAUGGAGGAGGGGGGCAGAGAGAUAAAGAUAGCUGAAAGGAGGGAGAUCCGUCAGCGUUUGUUUCCUCAGGAUGUGGUUACCACGACGACGAAAAGGCAGAGAGGCAACAUCACUCCCCGCUGGUCCCCUCUGACACCUGCAAGUGUGUGUAUGAGUGUGAAAGUAUGUGUGUAGAUGUACGUGUGUUUCAGAGAGUAACUGAGUGAGUGUGUGUCUGUGCAUGUGUGUGUGUGUGUGUGUGAAAGAAAAACCACUGUGUAUCAGUGGCUGUGUGUCCAUUUUGUUCUAGGUAUGUGUGACAGACAGUCUGUGUGUGUGUGUGUGUGUGUAUGUGUGUGUGCUGUCAAAGGACACACAGCAGAGAGAGAGAGAGAGAGAGAUAGGAAGGACUAAGUGAGAGGUUGAAAAUCUGAAGGGGGAAAUUAUAAGACUCUACACGCUACACUCAAGACAGUGGAGAACGAAAGAACUAAAAAAGUCAGAAAGAAUGAUGAAGAGAAGAACAACCAGAACCCGAAAACAUGAACAGCAGAGGACGAACAUACAUGAAAAGGAAAUUAAGCACCAAGGACUGGAACUCUAGCUAAAAUUAGCAGUCGAUCAUGGAUGACCGUUCAUCUACCCAAUCCUUCCCCAACGUCCACCACCAUCGCCACCGUCCAUCCUUUCAUCUCACCUUGCCCAGCCUUCAGAGCCCGGAGGCGGGAUACCAGCCAACCCUGGACUCCCUGGAGCAGUACGGAAGCAGAGGCGAAGAAUCUACAACGCCUUUCCCGACUCCAAACACUCCUUCUGGUGGGAGAAGAGGGAGCAAUGGGGGUAAUAGGGUCUUCCAAAAUACAAGUGGUAGUGGUUUGGAUGGGGAUAUUAGCUUGGGAGGCCCUCUUGACAGAGAUAGUAGGUUAGGCAGCCAUUUUCCUGACACCUGGUGUGGUGGUAGCAAAAAAGAGGAAGUUUGGGAAGAUGGAGAGAGUUGUGAAAGUGCUGCAGACGAUUUUUAUGGUAGUAUAAAUGAUGUUUUUUACACCAUGAACUGUGGCAGUGAGGAAGGACUCCAGCGUAAACCCAGAGCAAACUAUAAUAAUUAUGCACAGGUUAGCUGUGAAGCUAAAAGUCAAACAGUUUACAAUAGGGAGGCUAACAUUAGCCACUUUACUAAACAAACUACUUCCCACAACAGAAGUGUUGCAGGAAGCUUUAGUGAAAGCAGUGUAGAUUAUUGUAGGACAGACUCAAGAGUGAGUGAUAAUUAUUUAGGAAGAGAAGAAGACUAUGGGUCCAGUUGUGGCUCAGGUGAGGAUCAGCUUCAACCAGCAGAGGUUGAGGGACCCUGGCUCAGUGUCUCUCCCUCGAAUCAGAAUGGAGAGGGGAGGUGGAGAGGAGCAGCGGAAACUCUUACUUUGGUCUCAGGGUGCCUACCACAGAGGUCACCUAUCGCCAUCAACAGUGGGACGUACACUCAGAAACUGGACUCCUUCUCUGAGGCUUUCCUCUCACAGCGAAAGAGAAGAUUCCCUGUGAUUCCCGGUGGGGAUUCCUCUGGACAGAUCUGGGAAUUUGGAGUAAGAAGAGGAGAAAGCCCUGGACCGGUCAAGUCAAGGCACAGCUGUGCUUUUGAUUCAGACUCCUACCUGCCUCCAUCCUCCUCUUCUUCACCAGCUCACCCCUCUCUUCCAUCUUUCCCCUCUCCUCCCACAUCAUCUCAACUCAUGUCCUCAGUUCUUAGUCCUCCUCCCACACCUUUGCCUCCUCCCUCUCACUCGCCCUCCAAAAUGGACUCACCCGGUGCAUUCGGGGGAACUGGACAUUCAGUUUCCCAGGGGGGAGAAUCACUUGGUACACUCCAGUUUUUCACUUCCCGUCAGUCUCUCCCAUCUGUUCCAUCUGGGAUGCUCUGGAAGUUUCCACUGCUGUCACACUGCUUUCCACAGUCCUCAGGCGACCCCAACAGCAGUGAGGGCAACCUAAGAUCUUCCCAUGGGGCUGACUAUGGCAACGCCACAGCCCCACACAACAUCCUUCAGUCUCCUGAGUCGUCAUUCUUCACUUCCUCAUCCCAUCGUUCAUCCCUCCACCCUCCACCCAGAAACCUCUGUCCCUUGAAUAAUCCAUCCCUCCAUCUUCCCUCUACUCCGUCUCACCUUUCCAGCCAGCAUUAUGAGGCAGCAGAAAAGAUUGCUCCUAGUUUGGUCAUCCAGAAAGCAAAGAAUGGACCAGCCAGUGUGAACCAGUCACAGUUACAGCAACAAGCCUCUCCAGUCUAUACUGGAACUCCAUUUCCCAGUAUCCUUCACUCCAUCAGCGGUCAGAAGAGGGGCCACUACACCCCCCGACCCCUCCUCAAUCCAGCCCGCAGGGGGACGGGGCUGUACUCUUCCCUCUCAUCUCACAGAGAAGACAAAACAGCCUGCGGAGAAGAGGAGGAGGAAUGUGGUGUGUUACAGUAUGUUAAUGUAGGUUAUGAGUUCCAGGCAGAGCUUCCUCCAUGCUUCGUGGAUGGCAAGGGAUCAGGGGUAUGGUCACCAGAGGAGGAUUCCCCCAGGGAACAGUUGCUCUGGAAACCAUGGGCGGAACUGGAGGAGAGCGCUAACUUACAAAACCAAGUGGAGAAGCUGUUGUCCAUGUGUAGUUCAAGCUGCCUACCAGGAGGGGGCAGUAACACCGAGCUGGCUCUGCACUGUCUGCACUACUGCCACGGGAACACAAUGGCCACUCUGGAGAUGCUGCUGUUUUCACAGCCCUCACCAACAGGAGACUACCACUACUCUGGUAGUGAUUUUUGGACAGACACUGAAAAGAGUCUCUUGAGUACAACUCUCGGGACUUAUGGGAAAGACUUUUCACUCAUACAGAAAAUGGUGAGAACUAAGACAGCGAGCCAGUGUAUUGAGUUUUACUACCUGAGCAAGAAGCUCCUGGACAAGCAGAAGAAACAGAAGGAGGAGGAGAACAGAGAUGGAGAGCUGGAGCUGCAGAAAAGUGAGACGCCUAUCUGUCAGCCAGUGGACAGGCAGUUUGGACUGGAGGAGGUGGUUCCUGUUCCCUCAUUGGCCAGCUUCUUCCCCUGCAAGCUGUGUGGCAAAAUGUUCUAUAAAAUCAAGUCCCGCAACGCUCACAUGAAGAUCCACCGCCAGCCUCAGGAGGACUGGACCGACAGGCGGCUGCAGCACCAGCUCCUCACCCAGCGUCUGGCCCUCAAUCGUGCUGCCAACCUCAUGCCCACCUCAGGCAGUAAUCUGCUCCCACCUCAGGCUCCAGUUCUGACCUUUGCCUCCGCUGGCCUUGCUGGAACAUCAAGCAACAACACCAAUGCAGACAAUAUCCUCAACUCGGUAACCAAUAGCAACGCCAUCAAUCCCAACAAUGUCAGUGUCCUAGAUCCCAGCACUGCAGUAACAUAUAGCAACAUCGCUGCUUCAAACUCUCAUGUAGUCACCGAUAUUGAUGCCAGUGACUCAAAUCAAAGAGAGUCCACCACCAUCUUACCUUUCCACCAGUCAUGGGGUUCAUUUGGACAAAACCUCAACCCUGCUGCCUUCUACUGCAGCACAGAGGGGAAAGAGGAUACAGGAGCUGGGACAGCUGCAGUAAAAGAGCAGAUCAACUGGCAGUAGUGUUUCACUCUCUCAAAAGCAUUACUACCACUGCGGUCUGAAAUUUCAAACUGAAAUUCAAACUCAUUCUUAAUUCAAAGUUCUGUACUUUUUUCAAACUCAUUUUAAGAGAACAUCAUUUUUUUUGUAAAUUGUGUAUUUCAGUUUGUAACAUAGUUAAAUGUUUCUUACUCAUUUGACAUUUAAAUAAAAUUUGUAACCCUUU